GGUAAGAACCAAAGCAGUUGCGAGAUGCUGUAAAUAGAGAAAUAGAUUUUCUUAUUUCGUGAUUAGUGUUGCUUUUAAUAUUCUCUUCAUUAGCACAAUAAUGAUUCGCUAUGUAUGUAGCAAGUAUAUAUGUAUAUAUGAAUCUGUAAUUGGUCUUUAUUAUAUGUUUGGCACAGGGUGAGUUGUGCACUUUAGUACUGUACGACGACUGGACACUUAUGCUGCCUUCGAAAGGCAGAUGGUUUUUAUGGGAAACUUUGAGCUUCAAAACCUGGUCAACCGAAUGGUAGGCUUGCACAACCUUUCGGCCAUGGCGGCCCAAGAACUUUUUUUAUGAGAAAGAUAAUAAAAAUAAUUAACUCUUAUACUCUCUAGAACUAAAAAUCAACUUGAGUUAUAAUUCACUAUUAAAAGCAGAAAUUUUCUCACACUACUGCAACGUUUUUUACGUCUGCCUAGUGAGUUAAAGAAAAUAAAUUGUCGCCACAUAUAUAAUUUAAAGCACUGUUAAUUCAAUUUUAAAAUAAAGUUUGAGUUCCAUUACCAGAUAACCAAAACGAUAUGUUGCGUAGAGUGACUACAUUACUUCCUAAAAUCGCGUGCCACUCCAGACGUCUAAUUUCUUUAGGAUCCACUCGAAAAUGCAUGCACAUGCACGAAGAAGAACCGGAACACGUUUUUAUCAAACGCUUUGAAGACUUUUUCAAUCGUUGCGAAAUCGAUGGUUGGGAUUUGCGUCAAGGCAUGAAUGAUAUUUUAGGAUACGAUGUGGUACCCGGUCCUAAAAUUAUAGAGGCUGGGUUGCGUGCAUGCCGUCGACUCAACGAUAUUGCCUUGGCUAUUAGAUGGAUUGAAGCAUGCAAGGAUAGAUGCGGCGAUAAAGUAGACCAAAUAUAUCCGUAUUUAUUAAGUAAUAUACGUCCCACUCUUAACGAACUUGGCAUACCGACACCAGAAGAGCUGAAUUACGAUAAACCAGAGUUGGCACUUAAAUCUGUAUUUGAAAUGUAAAACUACAAACUUCUUCGUGAUUUCGAAUUUGCGUAUAUUAAAAUAUAAAAACUCCACAUGGUUA